AUGGCACAGACGGACCGUGACGCACUGGUCGUCCUGUAUCGUGCUACCGGCGGGGAGAAUUGGAGAGAACGCCAAAAUUGGGACACAGAUGCCGAUCUCAAGACAUGGCACGGAGUCGACGUCAACGACCAGGGCCGAGUGGUGAAGCUCAAACUUCGCGACAACAACCUCGAAGGCGAGAUUCCAGCGACGCUAGGGAAACUCGGCAACCUGCAGCAGCUCCAUCUCUCUUCGAACAAGCUUAGUGGUAGGUGGUUUCAGGGACACAUCCCAAAGGAGCUGGGAGACCUGAGCCAACUGCAGGCGCUUGAGCUCUACCGCAACCAGCUCACUGGGCCGAUCCCCGAGGAGCUGGGAGCUCUCAGCAACCUGCUCUGGCUGUCGCUCUACUCCAACCAGCUUACAGGCGAGAUUCCAGCGACCCUCGGACAGCUCGGCAACCUGGAAGAGCUCAACCUCUCUUGGAACAAGCUGAGUGGGCCUAUCCCGGACGUGCUAGGAGCUCAUAGCAACCUGCGGGAGCUGCUGCUCAGCUCCAACCAGCUUACAGACGAGAUUCCCGCGACGCUAGGACAGCUCGGCAACCUGCAACAGCUGGAUCUCUCUUGGAACAAGCUCAGCGGAUACAUCCCACAGGAGCUAGGAGGACUGAGCCAGCUGCAGACCCUUUGGCUCUACUUUAACCAGCUCUCUGGGCCUAUCCCCGAGGCGCUCGGAACUCUCAGCAACCUACGGGAGCUGUCUCUCUACUCCAACCGGCUUACAGACGAGAUUCCAGCGACGCUAGGACAGCUUGGCAAUCUGCAACAGCUCCGUCUCUCUUGGAACAAGCUCAGUGGACACAUCCCACAGGAGCUAGGAAGCCUGAGCCAGCUUCAGACGCUUGGGCUCCACCACAACCAGCUCACCGGGCCUAUCUUCGAGGCGCUGGGAGAUCUCAGCGAACUGGAUUUUUUGGUGCUCAACGACAACCAGCUACUAGGGAAAUGGAUCUCCCGAGCUGUCCUAGCGUCGCCGGAAUCUCGCCUGCGUGGCUGCAGAAGAACAGGGCUCAUACCCAAGGAGCUGGGAAACUUGCGCGGUCUGGAGCGGCUCUAUCUUCAUAACAAUCAGCUGAGCGGACCGAUUCCGCUGGAGGUACAGAAGCUCCCACGCUUUGGUAAGUUCAUCACAGGGAUUGCAUUGAAUGGACCCCCUCUCCCUGCCGUCAGAGGCCCUCUCCAUGCAUUUAAGGUUCUGAUAGUACCAGUCCUCCUUGGGUAUGCUGACUUGGCUUCGGAUCUCUACACUGCGGUGUCUUACUACGAGGCAAGGCACUUUGUUUGGUUUGGACUUGGGCUUGUCUUCGCCCUGGGGCCGGCGGUCAUCAUGUCCUUGUUCUGUCUCUCCGGCAUUGGGUGGUUCCGUCGUUUCUUGGUGGCGGCCCAGUUGAGCUUGCUAGCCGAAGCCUUGAUAACUCUUACAAAGGCGGACUAUUCCCCAGUUCUGGCGCUUGUGCGCGUCAUUGAGCCACUUUUUGAAUCGGUGCCCCAGUUGUUGCUCCAGCUGCAUGCAAUGCUUUGGCUCUGGACCGAGACAUCGUUCACCUCUAGCCGCUUGGCAUGGCGUGUAGUUUCCGUGUGCAUCUCGGCGGCCAGCCUGGCCUAUGCCGCCACCGAUGUCUCCAGUGUAGAGAGGCUUUCGACUUGCGAUGGCGGUAAGGAUGGUGAGAGGUUUAGGCUUUGCCCAUGCUUUCCGUCCCUGACAGGACUAGUGUUCAGUCGGGUGCCAGCGCAAGGAACCUCCAGUUUGAGAGGGUUGGGCAACGUUCAUCCGCGCAGUCACGUGUGGCUCUGCCUCGUGUACCACGUCCUCGAGAUUGUUGCUCGCUUCGUCCCCCUGGCCAUGCUACUACUAGUGGUACGUGGGUGGUUUUUUUUUGUGUUGGUGUAUCUGUGGGUAAGCCGGGCCUUGAUGGUUUGGAUGGCAGCCAGAGAAGUCCUGGGGUUUCGAUUUUGGGUGAGGCUGGUGGCCAUGCCCUUCUUGGACUCCAUCAUGGACGAGACGACAGCGUUUGGAAUUGGCCUGGGUUUGACGCUUGUGGAGUUCAUCGUGUGCAUGGUGGUCUACCACGUGUACAAGCACGAUGACCUUCCCUCCCGCGCGAGGUUAGUGUUGGUUACAGUAGCCAGCUGUUGCAUGGUUGGCAAGAUGUGCUUGGCGUUGGUAGCAAUAUCCCCGCUCAAGGUGGAUGGGAAUUAUUCCGAGAGUCAAGGUGACGGUGUUCUUGGAGAUGGACGAGGCAGCGCAGUGACGGACGGAUCUGUAGCAGACGUGGAGAUGUCGGCGAUCGAGGACAGUAAGGUUGAUGGCGGAGUAGAAGCGAGCGUGGUUUCUGAGCCCGCAUCUCCGAAGGGAGCAGACGGGCCAUCCGUGACCUCUGCCCUUUCGACGGGCUCGGUAAUACGCGGCCCGGGAGAUGUCAAGUUGGAGGAUGAAACGGAUGGUGCAGACGCAGACGAGUUGGAACAAGGGUCGGAAUUGAUGAGAAUGGAAGAUGGUAAGAUUGAGGAUGGGUCCAAGGCUGCAGGAGGUUCUGAAGUAUCACCUCCUGAGGGAACGCAUCUUCCACCCGCAACGCAUCCUUUGUCAACGAUGUCGACAGUAGGUGGCUCCGACGAUGCUAAGGUGGAAGAUGAUUUGUAG